AUGCGUUAUUUGUGCAGCGUUCUUUGGCUUUUAGUGGCUCUAAUAAGUUUGGCAAACGCCUUUCCGGAUGGUGCACCGGCUGAUACUUGUGUGAAACAACGUGCAAAUCAACCGAAUCACGGAAAGGCGCGCACUCAGCCUGCACACACAAAUCCUUAUGAAGUUGUUGCCAAUUCGGAAAGUUUUCAUCCCGGUCAGGAGGUUUCAGUUUUGAUUUAUCCUCUUGAACAUCAGGCCACCUUUAGAGGAUUCUUCCUACAAGCUCGUGAUGCCAACUCUAACGAAUGGAUUGGUGAAUGGAUACAAAGUGAAAAUACCAAAACUAUUCCAGAAUGCUCAGCUAUCACACAUUCAGACAAUCGUGACAAAUUGGGUGCGAAACUUAUUUGGAAGGCGCCACAAAAUAAGCGUGGACGCGUUUACUUUACUGGUACAGUAUUAAAGCAGUAUGGAACAUUUUGGAGUGACAUUGUGGCAAAAGUGCAGGCUGCGCCAUAAACUUAGGUAUAAGAGCGCUCCAGAAGCGCACCAAAUUUCAGCGACACAGAUUCAAAC